AUGUCGGAUCCGUUGUCAAAAUUUGUGGAGUUAUUUGCUGUCACAUUAGUGAUGGCAACAACUACAUUCAUUUCCAGCAUAGCACCUAUAAAAUUUUUCAAAUUGUCAAGCUCCAAUCUAACAUAUUUAACUAUCUUUAGUAUGGGUUUAUUGAUAGGUACUGCAUUACUAAUCGUCCUACCCGAAGGGAUAGAAGUUUUGAAUGAAGGGAUGUAUAAAUUGACUUCACUUACAAUUGGUUUACCCAUUCUCAUUGGAUUCAUACUAAUGUUUAUUGUUGAUAAAUAUGUAACUCAUGAUGACAAGAUAUUAUACCAAUCUACUACAUCGUCAUCAUCAGAUGAGUCGAUUCCAUCGACAAUCCAAUCGAUCUUACAAUCAUCAAUAACACUUGGAUUACUUGUUCAUGCCGCAGUCGAUGGUGUUUCAUUGGGAUCCUCUUUUGCUGAUGAUGAUAUUACAUUGCAAUUUGUCAUGAUUAUUGCCCUUAUUGUCCACAAGAUCCCUACUGCGUUCAGUCUUGGUACUAUAUUAAGCAAAGAAGGAUUAGAAGAUAAAUUGAUCUUGGUGCACGUGGUGCUAUUUGCCCUACUGACACCAGUAUCAACGUGGAUUACAUUUGUUAUUAUUGGGUUCUUAAAUACAAACAUUGAAUUUGUUACAGGGUUACUACUAUUGUUUUCGUCGGGAACGUUUUUAUAUGUUGUUUAUCAUGUUAUAAAUGAAUUCGAGGAUGGUUUGUUUGAAGAUGGAUCCGGCGGUGAUGGAUCAAGUGGAAGAGGGUCAAGCGGUGGUAGUGAUGGUUCUACUGUUGUUGAUGACAGAAGAAAGAAGAAGAAUAUAUUUGUGGCAUUGGUAGGGUUAGUGAUUCCACUAUUGCUAAGUUUAAUCAAAGAGUAA